AUGGCGAUCUGUACUUAUAACGCACGUACGCUUGCAUCGGAAGCGGCCAUCGAAGAUCUGAUGAUGCAAGCCAAGAAGAUCAAGUACGACGUCAUCGGACUGACCGAGACGAGACGACGUCACCCUCUCAACGCCGUAUAUGAAAGUGGAGAAGAACUGUUCUUAGGAACAUGCGACAGUAGAGGUGUUGGUGGAGUUGGCGUCCUCGUCAACACGAGUAUGGCAAAGAACAUCGACUCUUUUGAAUAA